UCAAAGCUUUUGCUUUGAAACUUGGAAUACUUGUUCACCAUCAUAAGCAGACCCUGUACAUCAAGAAACAUAACUCCAUCUUGCUUUUUGCAAGAAUUAUUGCCCCUUUUGGACUUAGAAAAUCAGUUUUCUUGGUUAAGUUUUAUGUUUAGGUCAGCUUUUAUCCUAAACUAUCAAAGCUAUUGCUUUAAAACUUGCAACACUUGUUGACCAUCAUAAGCUGACCCUGUACAACAAGAAACAUAACUCCAUCCUGAUUUUUGCAAGAUUUAUGGCCCCUUUUGGACUUAGAAAAUAUCAGAUUUCUUGGUUAAGUUUUAUGUUUAGGUCAACUUUUUCUCUUAAACUAUCAAAGCUAUUGCUUUAAAACUUGCAACUCUUGUUCACCAUCAUAAGCUGACCCUGUACAGCAAGCAACAUAACUCCAUCCUGCUUUUUGCAAUAAUUAUUGCCCCUUUUGGACUUAGAAAAUCAGUUUUCUUGGUUAAGUUUUAUGUUUAAGUCAGCUUUUAUCCUAAACUAUCAAAGCUAUUGCUUUAAAACUUGCAACACUUGUUGACCAUCAUAAGCUGACCCUGUACAGCAAGAAACAUAACUCCAUCCUGCUUUUUGCAAGAUUUAUGGCCCCUUUUGGACUUAGAAAAUAUCAGAUUUCUUGGUUAAGUUUUAUGUUUAGGUCAACUUUUUCUCUUAAACUAUCAAAGCUAUUGCUUUAAAACUUGCAACUCUUGUUCACCAUCAUAAGCUGACCCUGUACAGCAAGCAACAUAACUCCAUCCUGCUUUUUGCAAUAAUUAUUGCCCCUUUUGGACUUAGAAAAAUCAUUUUCUUGGUUGAAUAUUAUGUUUAAGUCAACUUUUCUCAUAAACUAUCAAAGCUAUUGCUUUAAAACUUGCAACAGUUUUUCACCAUCAUAAGUGGACACUGUACAUCAAGAAGCAUAACUCUAUCCUGCUUUUUGCAAGAGUGAUGGCCCUUUUUAGACUUAGAAAAUCAUGGGUAGGACAAUAUUUCUAUUAUACAAAAAAAAUCAGAUGAGCGUCAGCACCCGCAAGGCGGUGCUCUUGUUUUUUUUUUGCCAUCAAGCCGUAAGUGAAAAGAUUUCUAUUGAAGUAGAUUAUAUUGGCUAUUGUUUUAUUUUUAACAAUAUAAAUUAUUGAUUGUUGAGAAUAUCUUUAUAGUCAGUUUAUGUUCUGUAUCACUGUAUUACACUUAACAUGAAAAUUGGCUAAUAUAUGUACAUGUGUUUUUGAUCUAUCACAGAUGGAAUUUUGUAAAAUUUCCAGUGUCUGUUUUGACGAAAUAUGGAGAGGAUAGUUGCUUUGGUAGAUAUGGAUUGUUUCUACGUACAAGUAGAACAAAGGCUUAACCCUAGUCUGAAGGGAAAACCGUGCGCUGUGGUACAGUUCAAUCCAUGGAAAGGUGGAGCGAUUAUAGCAGUGAGUUAUGAGGCACGAGAUUUUGGUGUAACCAGACAGAUGAGAGGGGAUGAUGCUAAAGCUAAAUGUCCAGAUAUACAGUUGGUUAGGGUGCCGCUAGUUCGUGGAAAAGCUGACCUUACAAAGUAUCGUGAAGGAGGAGCAGAAGUUAUUGAAGUAUUAUCAAGGUUCAGUAACUGUGUAGAGAGAGCGAGUGUAGAUGAGGCAUACAUAGAUCUUACAGAGGAAGUAGAGAAAAGACUGUCCUCCCUCAGUCAAGAUAGAGUCACCAUUGAUAAACUCCCUAACACUCAUGUAGUAGGAUUCAAUAAGGAUAAAGAUGGGAGAGAUCUAUCAGACUGGCUUAGUGUAACAUUUGAUGAGGAGACCAUGGAUUGUUACAACAGACGUCUUGCUGCAGGUGCAGUAAUAGCUGAAGAAAUGAGGGCUGCGGUCUACAAUGAUACUGGAUUCCGAUGCUCUGCUGGCAUUGCUCAUAACAAGAUGUUAUCCAAGUUAGCUUGUGGAUUUCACAAACCAAAUAAACAAACAAUACUGCCUCAUAGUGAAGUUCCAAAACUGUAUUCCACUCUACCUAUAAGGAAAAUACGUAACCUAGGUGGAAAGAUGGGACAGUUAGUAAUGGAACACCUACAGGCAGAAAACAUGGGAGAUCUACUCAAGUUUUCAGAGAAGGCAUUGCAACAGUUACUUGGAGACAAGAAUGGAUCAUGGUUGUAUGAAGUGUGCCGAGGAUUUGAUCAUGAACCUGUGGCAGCCAGGCAAUUACCCAAGUCUAUCGGUUGUAGCAAAACCUUCACUGGAAAGAACUGCCUGAAUACACGAGAAAAGGUAAAAUUCUGGCUGUCAGAAUUAGCAAAAGAAGUCCAUGAAAGACUGGAAAAGGACAAAGAAAAUAAUAAACGUACAGCGAAGUCACUGACACUGUCGGUACAUUAUGAAAGUCAUCCUCGACCAGUGUCCGCUUCUAGAGUAUGUGCACUCAUCAAGUAUGAUCUUGCAAAGUUUUCCAGUGAUGCCUUUACCCUUGUACAGCAGUUUAACACAAGUCCACCUCAUCAGGCUUCAUGGUGUCCCCCUAUCAUAUACUUGGGACUGUCAGCAGGCAAGUUUCAGGAUGACUCAGCUGCAGGUGUCAAGAUUGGUGAAAUGUUUGCUAGGAAAGACCACACCGUCUCUUUGACACAGUCUGAAAAUUUUGUGAACCAGUCACAGUUUGAUUUCAUGACAGAUAAUCAGUCUGAUGAAAGGGGAGGUAAGACAGUCAUAAAGAACAAGAACCAGUCUGUUAUUGAAGAGAGCUCUGCCAAGGAGGAGAAAAAAGGGUCUAUUAUGUCUUUUUUCUCUCAGAAAAUGAAUGAUAAAGUGGUAGGAGUCACAAGCACAUCACCAAUAUCAGAAGAUGCUAUGGAAAUGACCAAGGACUCGCAGCAAACUAGAAAAUCAAAUGACAACAGUUUAAAGUCUUUCUUUAAAAGAAAACAGUUGGACAACCUAGCAAGUAUGAAAGUGAAAACUGAAAUAAAUGAAGAACAUAAACAAACCCCAAGCACAUCUAGCCCAGUUCAGAACAAUUCAUUCUUUAAACAGAAAAUGGAGAGUGUAAACAACCUGCAAAAGUAUCGAAGUAAUAUUACAGGAAAACAAAAUGUGGAAAUAAUUGUUAAUGAUGAAGAAGAAUCAACAGUUCUUGUAGAUGAUUCUGAUUCUGAAGUUGAAGAAAUUACAAGUAUGACUGUUGAGGGUAAUAAAUCUGAGGAAGUUAAAGUAGAUGAGGAAGAUAACAAAGCAAGUAGUUUUCAAGAAACAUACCUUGAGAAAGAUAAUUCAGAGAGGAGUAAGAAUUUAAGUACGUCCAGUUUUCCAGCAGAAGAUUUAAUGCAGUGUGAAAAGUGUGACAAGUUGAUAACUGUGUGGGAAAUGCCAGAACACAUGGAUUUUCACUUUGCUGUGGAAUUGCAGAAAAAUAUGAACACUGAAGAUAGAAAUGGUGCUGCAAAUCAAGUAAAGAGAAAAAGUAUUGGUGUGUCAGGUAAUGAAAGAACUAGUAAAAAGGCGAAACUUGACACUUCACAGGGUAAACUGGACACAUUCUUCACAAAACUUAGCUGAAAGUUCAAGUACAGGUAUAUUCGUUCACAGAAUGAUGACAGUUUUCAAGAUCUUCAUGUAUUUACAGUUUGACAUGUGUAUCUUGUAUAGAGAUACGAUAAUAGAAGUAAAAAACGACAUCAAGUAAAAUAAAAUGCCUCAGUAGGGUAUUUUAAGCUCACCUGAACACAAACAUGGUGAGCAUUAAUUUUGUGAUCAUGCUGUGUCUGCCGUCCGUUUAUGUCUGCGUCCAUCCAUCCGUCUGUCAUCAACAAUUUCUUUAAACAACAUCUGCUCCAAAAGCACUGAAUGGAUUUUGAUAAAACUGCCUGGAUGUUCCUUGGGUGGUUUUCUACCAAGUUUCCACUUGGUUGCAUACACAGGCUGCCAGAGCUAAAAUAGAAAAAUCUUCAAAUGAUAUCUCCACCUAAACUGCUGGUCCGAUUUUGAAAUAAUUUCACACAAAAUGGUCCUUGUGUGAACUUCUACAAAUAUUGUUCAAAUUAUUCUGAUUUUUAUAAAUCAGAUUGGCCGCCAGAGGGCGUGGUCACUUUUUCCUUUAUGUAUGUAGUAGGAACUUUAAAGAUUUCUUUUAUGAAACUGCUGGCUCAAUCUUAAACUUAUUUCAUACAAAUUGUCCUUGUGUGACCUUCUACUAAGAUUGUUCAAAUUAUUUUGAUUUGUCAAAAAACAUGCCCGCCAAAGGGUGUGGUCACUUUUCCCUUUAUGUAUGUAGUAGAAACUUAAAAUCUCAUAUGAAACUGCUGGCCUGAUUUUAAAAUAAUUUCACACAAAUGGUCCUUGUAUGACCUUCUACAGAGAUUGUUCAAAUUAUUCUGAUUCAUCAAAAAACAUGAAUGACAUGGCCGCUUGGGGGGAGUUGUCACUUUUUCCCUAUAUGUACAUAUUGGAAACUUUAAAAAUGUUCUUGUGAGAAACAGCAGACCCUAUUGUAAAUCACUUUUACACAAAAUGUUUUUUGGAUAUUUAUUUGUGAUAACAGAGUUUGACUGCCUAUUGUAAUUGUUCAAAUUAUUGCCAAAGGUUCAGAAAUGGCCAUGCCCAUGUGUGUGACAUGUAUAUUAGUACUGUUAUAAAAAAUCUUUACGUUAGCAAGUACAAUGUUCACUUUUUUGUGUUCACCCUUCUUUUGAAAUACAGAUUCAUGUUGCUAUAUGGUUAAAAAGGGGUUUGCAAUUAUUUUAUUUAUUGUAUGUAACUAUUUAUGACAAUAUUUAUUCAGCAACUAUUUAUUGUUAAUGAUCAUGAUGUAGAUUUUAUGGAUAACAACUCUUAUUGAUGUUUUACAAAAUCUACCUCACUUUUAUCAUGUAAUAUAUUUAGAAAUUAAAAUAGAUGUUAUUGGUUAA